CACCAUCUUCAAUUUUUAUUUACCCCCGUAUUCGCGUGUUAGCCUUUACUUCACAACUCGACUUUGUCUGAUUCAAGCGAUUCAAGCGAUCCAAGUAGACCAAGGACAAAGGAAUUAGAAUCUGGAUCAGGAUGGAAUUUACAUUUACCCCAACAUCAACCAAACCACCUGCAGUCUCAUCUAGCACAGCAACAGGGUCAUCACCCCAAAUAGGCAUCACAACCAUUUCAGAGCAAAUGGUAGGAGCUGGAGUCAGGGCAGGUCAGCUCAACGAUUCUUCCUAUGGACGCGUAUCUUUGACAAAGGAACAUGGAGUAGGAAACACAACUCAAUGGCGCAAGCGGCUCAUCACACAGAUCGAAGACCGCAUCAAGGACAGACGGACAUCUAUUCACAAUGCUCGGCGGUCUGGCUUGCAAUCCAGAAGCAAUGCCCUGGACCCCAUAUCAUCGUUUGCACCCGUUCAAGCAGUCGUUGGAGAAUCAGUAUCGGAAAUUUCAGUCAUCGAUGAAGAAGAGGAGAGGCGUAUCGUUGCAGAGGUAUGGGAGACAUUUAAGGACGAAAACUUUGAAGCUCUUUCUCAAGCCUUCCAGGGAAUGACAGACAAAGAAAUCGAGGGAAUUGAACAAGACAUUCUCUUACAACGCUAUACACCGGAAUACGAUCCAACAUACGACAUGGUUGUCGACAUGGAGAUGCAAGUUAUGGACCAGACAAUCGACCGUUACAUGCGCCUAGAGAAAGCAUAUGAAACCAUUCCUCAGCAGGGCUCCGAUAUGGCUGCCACGAUAUCAUUAGCCAUCACUCUGCUCUCUAGAGGUCCGUGUGUCCGAUGUCGGUCUGGGCCGCUCGCGUUCGAGCCCACUGUUAGCCAAAGUCAAUCUGAAGGGAUCCGGUCCAGCUGCGCACUCUGCGGAUUUGUCCUAGAGAAAGAAGCGCUGCUCCACAUCGCCAACACUGCUAAGAGCCAUAGCGAUAAUUGUGCUGGACAGGUGCAGGUUGCUUUUGACGAGGAGAUGGGUCUUCUCCUCUUUUGCACACAAUGCGGUCUUCUUGCAUAGUCUCGAACAGCCAAUCAAUCAGGAGGAGAUAAGACUAAGAAAAAUGCCAAACAACAGCCAUUUGUGGCUGUGCCUGGCACUGAAACCGGAAUUAUAACAACUGCCCCCCUCCCUUCCAGCACAGGCACAAUUCCAUUGCAUUCACUUUUCACUCCGUUAUCCUCCUCC